CAAGUUUAUAAACAAAUCCGGCGGCGGCGGCGGCGGGCGGCGAGGCAACCGACGAGUCAACACCCGGGGAGAGUGUGGGAUCGUCGAAGCCCGAAAACAACAACCCGGGGAGAGUGCGUGUGACUGCCCUUAUUUUACAUGCAAUGAGGCUCGUGUGACUUUUUUCUUUCUCCAGGCGACCAGAGACGACAUCGUUUAGGUUUCUUCUCGCAAAAUAUUUGCCCAGGAUUUUAUACGAGCUGCUAUUCCAAAGCCUGCCUUGGGAGCAAUCCCAAGCAAUCAUAUGUAACAUCUAGCUGAAGCAGAAGCCCCAAAGCAUUAAAGAUGUUCUCCAGGAUUGCAGCAGCAAGAAACAGCCUUUCAUUCGCCACAGCCAUAUAUCACACACGCCCCAAGCUGUGCCUCCAGGCAUGGAGAACUUACACAUCUCGCAAUAUAUUAAAGCUUGAAGAAAGAGGAUUGUGGGCAGACUUCUUUCCUGAUAACAAUGUCAACAAGUUGAUACAAGAACUUACAAGAAAGCCCCAGACUAUUUAUAGUGGCUUUGAUCCCACUGCAGAUUCGCUACAUGUUGGUAAUCUUCUAGUUAUAAUGGCUCUCCUACACUGUCAACGAGCUGGACAUAAUGUAAUUGCUUUGGUAGGUGGAGCCACAGCUCAGAUUGGAGAUCCAAGUGGUCGGAAAUCUGAGAGACCUCAACUCAGUGUAACAGAAAUUCAAGCUAAUUCACAGAAGAUUCAAAAUCUAAAUAGAGUAUUCAGUAAUCACAAAGAGUAUUUUUGGGAGAAUGAAGAUAAAUCACCACUACCUCCCAUGAGAACUGAAAAUAAUAUUGAUUGGUACAAAAAGCUAAGCGUGGUAGAGUUCUUGCGUGAGACUGGACGCCACAUAAGAGUUGGUGACAUGCUGGCUCGCACCAGUGUUGCAUCCCGCCUGCAGUCAUCUGAGGGGCUGAGCUUCACUGAAUUCUCUUAUCAGGUUCUGCAAGCACAUGAUUGGCUGUAUUUGUAUGACAAGUAUAACUGCACAAUACAGAUUGGAGGAAGUGAUCAAAUGGGUAAUAUCCAUACUGGUUAUUGGCUUAUUAGCAAAUUGCGGAAAGUGACAGCAACUGGUCUCACAAUACCAAUCAUAACCAAUGAAAGUGGCGACAAAUUUGGCAAAUCUGCUGGUAACCCUGUAUGGUUGGAUAGUAGUAAGACUUCUACAUUUGACUUCUAUCAGUUCUUCAUGAGACUUAAGGACACAGAGGUUGAAAAAUAUCUGAAGCUAUUAACUUUCUUGCCACUUAGUGAUAUAGAAAGUAUCAUGGAUAAACAUAAGAAGAAACCAGAAAACAGACAUGCACAAACAAAACUGGCUGAAAAAAUUACUUUACUUGUCCAUGGAAAAAGUGGCUUAGAAUCUGCCAAACGCACAACUGAAGUGUUGUAUGGUGGACAGCCAGAAGCUCUAGCUGAAAUGACCAAAGAUGAGCUAGAGUCUGUCUUCAGACUUGCAUCAUCAGCCAAACUGAUUUUAGAACCUGGAACCUCCAUUCUUGAUAUGGCAUUGAAGGCUGGUUGCUUCUUUGAUGAAAGACAUGGUCGACGUAUUAUAGAGGCAGGAGGGUUCUAUGUGAAUCUAUCAAGAGUAACUAAACCAGACCUAAUAAUCAUCCCUGAGGCACACAUACUACCAAACGGACUUUCAUUACUCAGAGUUGGUAAGAAAAAUUAUUAUGUAAUCAAGUGGAAAAAGUAAGAUUUUUUUUCUUUACAUAAUACAUUUCUUAAUUAAAGAUUAACCAGAAAUA